UCAAGGAUGAAAUGUAGCUGAAAGCUUGGACUCCUCUGUCUGGGGGAAGCCUAUAAAUUAAUCCCCAAACCAGCGACGGUUUUUCUAACAGAAACGAAACAAUGGCGGCAGAGUCGCCGACUGCAGCUAAAAAAGUGAUUGUUCAAUUGAAAGCAACCGCCGAUGCUCCGAUACUCAAGCAAAACAAGUUCAAGAUACUUGGGACUGAUAAAUUUGCUAAGGUGAUUGACUUUUUGCGACGACAGCUUCACCGAGAGACAGUGUUUGUAUAUCUCAACAGUUCGUUCUCACCAAACCCUGAUGAAUUGGUUAUUGAUCUUUUGAAUAAUUUUGGGGUGGAUGGUAAAUUGCUGGUCAAUUAUGCUUGUUCCAUGGCCUGGGGCUAAUUACCAGUCAUGAAUGCUCUUACUUCACUAUUCAUGAUGUAAGAACCUUUCAAUAUUUCAUGGAUAAUGUCUACUCUGCUUUCUUAUUUGUUUUUACAAGUUUUAAGAUGAACAUGUUGGACUUACCUCUACCAUAUUUUUUCUUUCGGUUCUACUUGUAGUCACUAAUUUCUUAUCUUGUUACUUUUGUAAAUUAGUUUAUUUUUUGGAUUAGACCGAAUAUUCACGACACUGCUAGAAGAUUAGAGUUGAGUGAACUUGAGAUGUGCAUUAGAUGAUUGCCUUCAAGUCAACUCAAGAUAUAGGGUAGGAGUGCUGGAUCCAAGGCAUGUUACUUCAACAACGUAUGUACUCAUUUCACUUACAUACUCAAGUAAAAAAUCAUUUGGUUGUGCUGCUUUAAUUAUGAGUACUAUGAUAGUAAAAACUUGUGAUGUCAUUUCAUUUCAAUGGUCAAAUGAUUGCUCGAUCCAGUGUUUAAA